UGCCGUUAUGGAUAGAAUUGAUAGAAUGGCGUGUCUGUGUUUUGGGACGUAAAUUUUACCGGGAGAAGUAGGAGUAGUUUGUCAACAGUGGUGUGGGUGCGUUACGCGAAAGUGUCAUGGCGUGGGUUAUUACGUUUACACAUAAUUUGCUGACUGUACGGGUUUCGAAUGCCGUACAUAUUUCGGUUGUAUCAACCUUAUGGCUAAAGUAAAUUUGUUUAAAAUUUUAUAUGUGAAAAUGAUUCUCGUUUUAAAAUUUUAACCAGAAAUUGAAGACACCUAUCUCCAAUUCUGUAUGUGUGGGUUCGUGAAGUUCUUAACCAGACGAUUUUAAAUUCUUCCUGUCUAUCGUUUGUAGUAUAGUGCAUCAAAGUUCAAAAGAAAGUGGAGAUUAAUGAUGAAAAGUAGUGGACUGCAAAGGUAAAAUUCCUCAGUUGUUUGGUACUCGGGAACCAUAAUGUGUGAUGAAUUCUCGAGAAAGGCCCUGAAAGUUGCAGUGGCAUUGAUAUGUCAGACCAUUGGAUGGAAUUCGAUUAUGAGCACGCCUCUGGAAAUUAUGAUUGAUCUUCUUCAGAGAUAUCUCGUGGAACUUGGUCGAGUCACUCACCGGUAUGCAGAGCUCUUUGGACACACACAACCUAAUCUCGAUGACCUAGGUCUUGCGUUUCGAGAAAUGGGAAUAAAUUUGCAGGAUAUGGAGGAUUAUAUUAAAAACGUGGAAUCUGUACCAUGUCAUGGUGAAAUUCCAAAGUUUCCUGUUCCUCGAGACUCUCAUCUGAAUUUUUUGAAACCAGGGAGCAGGGAAGUUGUUACACGACCAGUUCAUGUGCAUGAGCACUUACCUCCUAUGUAUCCUGAAAUGGAAGAAGAUGAAUAUUUAUUGAAGCAGUCCCCACUUUCGGUUGACACUUCAAACAAUUUGGGAUCUACAUCACCACUCUCUAGUCCAAAGUCAAAUGUAUUCAAAAGACCAGGGGACCCUGUUUCCUUGGAGAACCCUGUUUUGAAGAGGACGAGAAUGUUGAUGGAAGAAGAAGGUCGUCCUCUUCGAGAAAUCAGUAGUGUUAUGAUGACAACAUCUGGAUUUCUAUCACCUGCACGGGAAGGAAAGCUUCCUGAAUCACGAACGCCAUUGCAACCUUCUGAUUCUCGUUCCAAUUCUCCUCAGCCUUCAUCGUACCCCAUGGUACCCCCAGAAGUGAAAGGUGAGAAGAAAUCUAAAAAAGCUACACAGAAGAAAGCAGUUGAUGCUGUUAAAAAAACAGACAAGGAAAAUAAAAAGGAACACAGAGUGAAAGAACUUGUUAAAUCUGGCAAAGGACACGCCAGUGACGAAACAAAAGUUAAAAAAUUAGUCAGUAUGAAGGAACUUUCUAAACUGAAAGCCUUGAAACCAGGAGCAGUAAAAAUGUCACAGAAUUUGCAGUUAGCAGGUCCAAGUUCAUCUAACAAACCAGGCAAACUUCCAGUAUCAAAAUUAUCUGCAAUUAAAACUGCUGUUCCAGACACUCAGAAAAUCAUGAGACAUGUGUCACCUGUGGCAAAAUUGUCUAAACCAGAAAAAGUGCAUACUGCUACACUUCCACAACUUAAAUUAAAUUCACCAGAAAAAAGUAGGGAACCAACUAUAAUAGAAGGAAAAUUGUCAACAGAACCUGAUAAACAGAAACUCAACAUUUUCAAAAAAAUAUCAAAAGUCAAGGAAGAGAAGGUUGACAGGAUAGAAAAAAUUGAUAGGACUGAAUCUGCAGAUUCAGUUAUGAGAGAUUCACGUGAAAGUUCUCCAAGAUUGAUAAUAGAUGAAUCGGAAAUGAACAGCCGGCAAAGAGAAGCACGAAUGGCCCAGAUAGAUGACUGUAUUGAUGCAGUCAUUCAGCAGGGUAUGGAGAUUGUUAAUGAGGACAAUAAUAGUUCUCACAGUAAAUUAUCAACACCAGGGAAUGAUGUGGCAAGGGGAAACAGUUUGGCAUCUGUAACAAGUCAUCAGCCAGGUUCGGAUGAACUAUACAUGUAUGACGAUGAUCUUUCACCACCUGGAACUCCAUCGUCUACCCCGAAGACUCCUGAGCUUCCGACACCAUCUCGUAAAGCUGAAAAAAUGCCAGAAGUUAAAGAAAAGAAAAAGAAAAAAGAAAAAUCAAAAACAAAGAAAGAGUCAAAAACAAAAUCUCAGAAAGAGUUGCACAGUCCUAAGAAGCCAAAGAUAGAAUUGAUGGACUUAGACAGUUCAGAGAAACCGAAAACUCCCGAAGCGGAAGAACCAUGUGAAAUAGUUCAGCCACCAGUUUUUCCUUUCUUUUCACAUUUUCCUCCAACACCAGGCCUUAUUCCUCCUCCUCUAGGACAUCCACUUUUCCCAAGGUUUCCUCUCCCCCUUGGAAAAAACUUACCUCAUCCUGCAAUGCCCAAUCUGCCCCUUCCACCACCACUUCUUAUGCAGCCUCCUGCUGAAGAGCCAGAAGAGGAAUCACCGAAUACUCCUGAAAGAUCUUCAAGUCUCUCUUCUUCAGGUCCAGUUCCAGCAAAUGUAAAAGCAGAUUCUCCUGAAAAGGUGCAGAUAUCUAGUCACAUCAUAAAGAAAACCCUUGAAAAGAAAGUGAAAGAGCACCGAAGGGAGAGAAAAGAUAAAGCAAAGAAGAAGAAGGAAAAAAAGCUGAAAGCAAAGAAAGAAAAAGGAGAAAAAAGGAAAAUCAAAUUAGAGAAGAAAGAAAAACUCAAAGAGAAGAUCAAAGAAAAGAAAGAAAAGAAAGAAAAACGUAAAGAAAAAGAGAUGCAACCAGAUCAUGCAAAUCCAAGUAAGGUCCCUACACCAAAACCACUCUUGAUGGCUGCUUUCUCUCAUUUCCAGAGAUGGAACACUUCCCCAGAGCUGCUGAAGAUUGAAGGUGGAAAUUAUGGUUGGAUCCCAUAAGAGUGCCAGGAUAAUCAUUUUGGUACCAGAAAAUCCCCAGAAUGGUGUCAGUUGAAUGAAUCAUCAGCUAUGACAUUCCCAAAUAUGUUACUCACAUUAAAUGUUAUACUGAUUCUGCCGGUAGCAAAACACUUCUGACUAUCUUUCCUUGCUUUAAUCUACUAAAAUCACAGCUAGUGUUUCUUUAGAGUUCAGAAAGGAUACAUUAAUCAUUCUGUUUUUAGUACCUGAAUUUAAGGCUUUUUGCAUUCCCUAGUGGCUUGAUGUGGAGCAUGUUUACAAUUUUGUGAUUUUUUUUUUUAUGUUGCUGUAUAUAUUUUUUAAAUUUAUACAAUGGAAAGUUCUUGAUGGAAUACAAAUUACGGAAGGAGUAAAAUAACCACUCACAGCAUAGGUGAGGCAUUUAGUUGAUAACAGAUUCAUAAACAAGACUUAAAUUGUUACUAAGCUGACAGCUUCAAGAAAGGUCAUUAAAUGCUUAGUAACAAUUUCAGUCUUUUUUUUUUCCGUCUGUCAACUACACAGCCCUUGGCUAUAUGGUGAGUAGUUACUUUAUUAAAAUUAAAUCUGUUUUAGUUCUCUUGACCACCAAAAAGUGCUUCAAAUGUGAUCUUUACCCAUGAUAAGCAGCAUUAUGGAGUCAAGGCACUUGAACCUUAUGAAUCACUGAGGGAGUAUACUAUUUCUGUAAUGUAAUGUGAGCAUGGACAGAUGUGUACACAUUUAACCAUGUUACAGUACCUACAAAUUAUUUGUUUCCUCAGCACCAAUUAUCACAGUACACUUUUGAUCAAAAUAAUGGAUGUAAUUUCAGGGAAAAUAUAAACUGUAUUUUUCUGUAUAUUGUAUCUGAGCAUUUGAAUAAAUGGAAA